AAAUAUGAGCGAGCAGCCGCAGAGUCUGUUUAUGUCUGAGAGUCUCUCUCUCUUUUGCUCUCUGAGCGCGUGUGUGUGUGCGUGAAUGUGGGAGAGCAUGUUUGUGUCUAACAACCGCUGUUAGCUCUGACUUCACCUGUUCAAAGCUUAAAAGCUUUUUGCAGCUUAGCUGCAAAGCACUUUUCAAUUGAAUUGUUUUGUAUUUUCUUUAGACUAUGUCAAGUAUACGCCGCUUCUACAGAGUGUAUUUAUUUUAUUACCAUGACUGUAGCAGAGUGUAAAUCUUUUUAAUUACAUUGUUGUAAGACCUAACAAUUAAUACUAGAUUCCAUUUCAUUUCCGUUACGUUUCGCGCACUGAUUUUCAACAUAAACAAAUGCAAACCCCUUUGGCUCUCCUCACUGGUCAUCGGCCUCUAUAUACUGAACUUCACCUUAGCUCUUAUCAUACUCAACAAGGACGUGAAAACGACACGGGGUAUGCUCUAUCCGCGCGAGUCAGAGACGCGAGAGGUGCGCUCCCUGGAUGGCAUCUGGAAUUUUGUGUGCUCCGACGAGACAAAUCCAACGCAAGGUAUACGGGAUAAUUGGUUCAGUAAUGAUCUGAGCAAAAGUAGACCCAUCAUUCCAAUGCCUGUGCCGGCAUCGUAUAACGACAUCACGACGGAACGAGCAUUAAGGGAUCAUGUUGGCACAGUUUGGUAUGAUCGCAAGUUCUUUGUGCCUCGCUCCUGGGCUAAGGAUCAGCGCGUUUGGCUGCGCUUCGGUAGCGUCCACUACGAGGCGUUUGUGUGGAUCAACGGGGAGUCGGCCGUAAAGCACGAGAUAGGACACCUGCCCUUUGAGACGGAGGUCACACAUUUAUUAAAAUACGGCGCAGAGAAUCGUAUAACAGUAAUGUGCGAUAAUGCGCUGAUCCAGACAACAGUGCCGCAGGGUAAGAUCUCGGAAGUGGCCAACGAUGGAGGCGUUACCAUCAUACAGAGCUACACCUUUGACUUCUUCAACUACGCGGGCAUCCAUCGAUCCGUCCACUUGUAUACCACGCCCAAGACCUUUAUUGAGGAAGUCGAAAUACAGACAAGGCUAUCGGACAAUAAUAGUGUGGGAUAUGUCGAGUACAGCGUCGUUGUGAAUGGAACCGCUGCCAAUGAAGCGGACAAUGCAUUAUUUGUCCGGCUCCAGCUGUACAAUAGGGAGGGUGAAAUGGUGGCCAACUCCACCUCGGACAGCAAGCUCGCGGGUAGUUUGAAAGUACAGAAUGCCAAUCCCUGGUGGCCUUAUCUUAUGCACUCUGAUCCGGGAUAUCUUUAUGAGCUGGAAAUCAAAUUGCAUGCAGCUAAUGAGGAGCUCCUCGAUGUCUACCGUCUAAGUGUCGGCCUGCGAUCUUUAAGCUGGACGAAUACCACAUUCCUUAUCAACGGAAAACCAAUUUACUUUCGAGGAUUUGGGCGACAUGAGGACGCGGAUGUGCGGGGAAAGGGACUGGACAACGCUCUGAUGGUACGCGACUUUAAUCUCAUAAAGUGGAUUGGAGCUAAUGCCUAUCGCACCUCUCACUAUCCCUACUCCGAAGAGUCAAUGCAAUUUGCCGAUCGACAUGGCAUCAUGAUCAUCGAUGAGUGUCCCAGCGUGGAUACGGAAAACUACAAUCAGGCAUUGCUGGGCAAACAUAAAUCCUCUAUAGAGCAGCUCAUACAUCGCGAUCGAAAUCAUCCCAGUGUGGUCAUGUGGUCCAUUGCCAAUGAGCCCCGCACAGGACAAUUAAAUGCAGAUACCUAUUUCCAAUUUGUAGCGAAUUAUACGCGCUCCUUGGACAGCAGCAGACCUGUUACGGCGGCUAUAGCCACACCCUGGACAGAUGAUAAGGCGGGGAAAUAUCUGGACAUAAUCAGUUUCAACCGCUAUAAUGCCUGGUACAGCAAUACUGGUCGCGUGGAUAUGGUCACUCAACGUGUCAUCGAUGAAGCAUCCGCUUGGCACAAGAAAUACGGCAAGCCAGUUCUCAUGGCAGAAUAUGGCGCCGACACACUGGAGGGUCUGCAUCUGCAACCAUCGUAUGUCUGGUCAGAAGAGUUCCAAACGGAGUUAUUCUCAAAGCACUUUAAGGCCUUUGAUGCUCUGCGUCGCAAGAAGUGGUUUAUUGGCGAGUUUGUGUGGAACUUUGCCGACUUCAAGACUCCUCAAUCUUACACGAGAGUCGGUGGUAAUAAGAAGGGCAUCUUUACGCGUGCCCGUCAGCCAAAGGCGGCGGCUCAUCUGCUGCGACAGCGAUACUUUGCACUUGGUCGCGAAGUGGAUCAGUGCAGUUUGCCGGAGGAUCUGUUCACCUACAUUGUUGAUAUGGGUGGCAAUAUCAAGAAAGAAUCCAGUGAUUUAUGAAGCUCAUAAAAUGCCAUGCACAUCGGCUGCGCAACACUUAAACUGACAACACAUAAAAAAAAGAGUACAAUUUUAUAAACAUACAUAUGUAUAUAAGCGAAAGCUUAAGAGUAUUGUAUAUAUUUAUACUGUUUUUAUAAGAAAUGUUUAACUGGAACUGACCGCGAGUGCAUUUCGCAUUGCCUUCUACCAUUUAACAUCUUUUUGAAUGUCGUUAAAACGUUAAAUCCAAAUAAAAUUAAAUUCAUUGUUUUUU